CGUGCACAUCCGGCGACGCGUUACCCAUGUGAGAGCAGGACAUAGCGCUGUGCAGUGAGAGAUGGCAGAGCUGCUGAGGCCGAGGCUGUGGCAGUGCCUGGAGGCAGUGGAUGCCCACCCGGAGCAGCUGCUGAGUGUUCAAGCGGGACUGGCUUCUGACUUUACAACUUUAACCAAAGCUCUGUAUGACCUGCAUAAAGCUGAAGGUGCGAUUAAGCUGGGAAGUCCUCUGAGUACACUGGUUAUUAAGAACUUUGACGAAGAGCAGAUUUGGCAGCAGCUGGAGCUUCAGAACAAUGCAGUUCUCGGCCACUUCAAGAAGGCGGUCGCCCAGACUGUGAAGGACAAGGACAUUUAUAUUUUCCAGCAGUUGGAAGAGGAAGAAGAUGAUGAUGAUGUAUCUGAGAUUGACCAGGAGGAAGAAGUUUCAGAAGAUCCCCCAAAAAACACUGAGGAUCAUGAAGAUAAAGGAAGAAAUGGUAAAUUAUCACUUGCUAAAAAAUGUAAAAAGGCCACUGUGGAAAGGUACAGCGACGAUGACUCUGAUAUGGACUUUGACAUUGACAAACUGGAAAGAGAACAGAAGAAGAAACCCAGUCAGAAAGCUGCAAAGAGACCCACUGAAAAAUCCAUAGUGGAUGACCAGUUCUUUAAGUUGUCGGAAAUGGAAGCCUUUUUGGAGGCAGCUGAGAAAGAAGAUGAUGGGAAGAAAGAAGAUGAUGAUGAUGACGAGGAGGUGGAUUAUUUUGAAGAUAUUGAAUCCUAUGAUGAUGAUGAUGAUGAUGAUGAAGAUGAAGAGGUUCAGAUCCAGAAAACAAGAAAGGAUGCUAAAAGCUCCAGAAACCUUCAAUACAAAGAUUUCUUUGAUCCUGUUGACGAGGAUGGAAUAGAACGACAUCGGAGUGGUCAGGAAGAUGAUGACCCUCAAGAUGAUGCAGAAGAAAUGGAGGAAGAUGACAUGAUUUCCACGUACAGUGAUGAUGUUGGUGAAGAGGAGGAUGCUAAAGAUGAUGAUGAGGAGUAUGUAAUGGAAGAAACAGAGGAGAGUGAAAAAGCCAAGGAAGCUUUCAAGCGGGUGACGUUUGAUCUGUCUGAUGGUAGUGAAGGAGAAGAUGUUUCUGAUAUCCUCGGUGGUAAAAAGAAGGGUGGACAACUUCAGGAACCAAAUGAAUUGAAAUCAUCCUUUGAAAAGAGGGAACAGAAGAUGGCUGAGAAGAUUCAAACUUUGCAAAAACAAAUGUUUGAAGAGAAAUCUUGGCAAUUGACUGGGGAGGUGACUGCACAGAAGCGGCCAGAGAACAGUCUUCUAUCGGAGUCCUUGGUUUUUGACCACGCUGCCAGGAUGGCACCCGUCAUUACAGAAGAGACCACACUUCAAAUGGAAGACAUCAUCAAGCAAAGAAUAAAAGAUCAGGUGUGGGAUGACGUGGUGCGCAAAGAGAAGCCAAAGGAGGAUGCCUUUGAGUACAAGAAGCGACUCACCUUGGACCAUGAUAAGAGCAAACAGAGUCUGGCUGAAAUUUAUGAACAGGAGUAUCUGAAACUCAACCAGAAAAAAACUGAGGAGGAGGAAAACCCAAAGCACGUGGAAAUCCAGAAGUUCAUGGACAGCCUCUUCCUGAAGCUAGAUGCUUUAUCAAACUUCCAUUUUACACCCAAACCGGUGGUUGCAGAAAUUAAAGUGGUUUCCAAUCUCCCUGCAAUUAGCGUGGAGGAGGUGGCGCCAGUAGGAGCGAGUGAGGCGGCCCUUUUGGCUCCAGAGGAGAUUAAAGAAAAGAACAAAGCUGGAGACAUUAAGACAAAUGCUGAAAAGACAGCCACGGACAAGAAGCGUGAGCGGAGAAAGAAGAAGGUCAUAAAGAGGAUGAAAAUAAAAGAAAGGGAGAAGAGGCAGAAGCUGUCAGAAAAGAGGAGUGAGGAAAAGGGAAAGAAACAGAUCAAGAGAGAGGCAGAAGCCAGUCUGAAGAAGCUCACCAAGGAAGGAAAAGCCACGUUACUGAAGGAUGAAGGCAAGGGUAAGGCCUUGAAGUCUUCUCAAGCAUUCUUCUCCCAGCUGCAGGAUCAAGUUAAAUUACAGAUGAAAGGUGUCAAGGCUGCACAGAAGAAACCAAAGAAGAGUAAUGAACUUUCCGCCCAUAAACUCAAGCUAUAGCCAAUGUUCAUCAUCUCUCCUUGGACUGUCAUAUUUAUGUUGGUUCAGAAGCUAUAAGUUGUCAGCAAUGGAGAGGUUCCCGUUUCUGCCUUUUUGUAAAAAUAAAACUUACCAGGUUGUAUGAACAGGUUGGCGUCGGUUAGUA